GAUUAGUGCUUAGCGUAUGUGAUAUUCACUCCUAUCGAAGUUCAGUGCGGAGAUAUAUAUUUCAAAGAAGUCACAGUCACUCAUCCUUGCGACUCCCUUGUCUGCCACUCAAUUGAUCUUCAGACCCCGAACAUCACACGCCCUCCCGUCGGGGAAGCCAUAUAUGCCGAGCAAACUACGUCAAGAUGCCUAUGCAGUGGACUGCUGAUGCCGACGCGAAGCUCAUGGCUGCGGCGAUGCAGAUCUGCGACCUUAAACUCAACGAAAGCCAAUAUGAGCAGCUCGGACAGAUCAUGGGUAUACUCCGCUUGACUACGUUGGCUUGUACCGGCGUUAUGCUCAUUGAAAAUGACAGGAGUGACCGCGAAGUCCAUCAAGCACCGUAUCUCGAAGAUUCGCACUGCCGGAAAGGACAUUGGUCCGACGACGAGCAAAGCAACCGGCCCGAAAGCGAAGUCAACAAAGUCCAAAAAGGUAGCAGGCACGCCAGCAUCCGACAAAGAUGACGUCGAAGCGAUUUUGACGCCGCCGCCGAGUAAAGGAAAAGGGCGGAAGCGCAGACCGGAGCAGGACGUAGACACCGACGGCGAAGGGGAGGUCGAAGGGCUGAGCAAGAAGGUAAAGAUCGAAGUCGGCGAAGACAUUGGCGAAGGUCUAAGACAGGCAAACCCAGCCAUGUAGACGAUGUCCUGUCAUUGGGCCGCGUGAUGGUCGAGCAUCUAAGGGAAUGGCAACAUUGGCGUGCUGCAUCCUACGAUGCCGCUGUAAUGAAAGAGAGUCCAGUCAUGGAGAGUCGACGCCCACGAUGCUCUCAAUGCUGCCUUGGUGGUGGCGGCAGUAUAACGCAGCCGCUCUGCACUAGUCAGUAUUGUAGUAAUCUCGAUGCGGGGUGAACUUGUGUGUAUUGGCGG